CACAAGGUGAGGGUGACGAGCAUAUCAGAGAAAGUAAGACAAACACCACAGGCUGUUGCAUUGAUACUGCACUCAUGGAAUCCUACUGGCACCUACCUGCCCUGAUGCUGCUGCUAAUAUCAUUGCUUGGCUCAGUAUCGUGCCUACAGAAUGUAUCAAGGAAUGAAAGUGAAUCUGUAAUUUUCACAGUGAAGCUGAAUUUACCUGCACAGAAUGAGCGGACUGUAACAUGGAAGUUUGGUACCAGUCCAAUUGCAUCUGCAGCACUGGGUAACCCUCCUACUUAUAAUAACAGCUGCACAGACAGAUGCCGCCUGUAUGGAAACACUAAUCUCCAGCUGGACAAUCUCACUCCUGCAGAUACAGGGGAAUAUACAGUCAAUGUAUUCAACAUAAUCACUGCUGUGCAACAAACAGAACAGUUUCAUCUCACGGUUUACGCACAUGUAUCUAAUGUGGCACUGAGCAGUAAUGCAUCUUCAGGGCUGCUGUGUCCUGGGAAGGAUUCAGUGAAUCUAACAUGUUCAGCUCUUGGCACUAACGUCACCUUCUCCUGGUACCUGGAUGGAGCACCAUUACCUCCAGACUCCAGAUAUCACUUAAUGAAUUCCAACUCCAGCCUCAUUAUCAGCCCUGUAAUGACAACAGACACUGGGUUCUUUACCUGCACUGGUUCUACGAGUCUGAAUAGUGAGACCAGUAUUCCCCUGACUCUCAGCUUUGGCUGUUCUCCAUAUGGAAAUGUCCAGUGUAAUGCAGUCAAAUCAGAUCAGUCAGUGACACUGAGCUGUUCUUGGCCAGGAGGAUACCCUGCUGCAAAUGUUACCAUGUUAUUUCAGAAUAAAGUGGAAACAGCUCAGGAUACUGUAACUAUGAAUGUACCCCAAAAUUCCAUUUCCUCUGGGGCUGAGCUCACUUGUUUGGGUGCACAAGAGGGACAGAUUACAGCCAGCACAAUGAUAUUAAGAACUCCAAUAGGGACAACCAGUAACUUUGUCUCUGUAGUGACAAAAGGAGACAAUGUCACCAUGUCUGUUGCAUUAGAAUGGAGCAGAAAUGUUUCUCCCAGAAUUCAAGCACUUCCUGCAACAUUCUCCUGGUCCCAACAUGACCGCCCUCUUUCAAUCAAUGGAGGAAAGAUCUCAGUCAUUUCCAGUGAUUAUAAAUCAGAGCUGGUGAUCUCUUCAGUGACUGCCAGUGACAAUGGAAUUUAUGAAUGUGUUGCUGAAAACUUUAUAGGAAAAUCAACUUUCCCCUUUGAGCUCAGAGUGACUGCAGGUUCCAACCAACUUUCUCCUGGUGCAAUAGCCGGCAUUGUGAUCGCUGUCCUGUUUGUUGUAGCACUGAUACCUCUCACUGUAAUCUUCAUUCUCCGCAAGAAGAACAACAACAAGACUCCAACUUCCACAAAUCCAGUAUAUGAAAAUACAGACGCCCAAGCUCCAAACACUUAUGACCGUGUCAUUACAGAUUCAAAGGGGAAUUUGGCAGGAAAUAAGUCUCAGGAAUCCAGCUAUCAGGAACUUCAAUUCCCUCAUAAUAAUGUUUAUAAUAAUUUGAGGGAAAACUCCCAGAUAAUAAUCCAGAUUAUUCCCAGCACUGGAGAGUCAAUCCAUUCACCCCUGUUCCUAGUGCACAAUGGAGUGCACAAGCUGGGGGGUUAG